AAAAGAAACAAACACGGCUCGAACUGCCCCGAAUCGACGGCACCGCUUUACUAACCCCGAGUCUACGACCCCAUUGGUCUGCCACGAACCAUCGUCUCUGUCCCGAACGAGCAAUCGCCCCUAGGGUUUCUCCAACCACACGCGAGUACGCGACGCGAAUCAGGUACUAGACACCAGCACCAGCGCUGAUGGCGGCGGCCCCGGCGGACGCGAAAGCUGAGGCGGCCAAGAUGGACCUCCUCGAGGACGACGACGAGUUCGAGGAGUUCGAGAUCGACCAAGAAUGGGAUGACAAAGAAGACGGCAAUGAAGUGGUCCAGCAAUGGGAGGACGAUUGGGACGAUGACGAUGUGAACGAUGAUUUCUCGCUGCAGCUGAGGAAAGAGCUGGAGGAAGGCAGUGCUCAGAAGAGCUGAACUACUUCCCUAGCAAUGCCAAACUGUUGCUAUCUUCGUUUAGGCACUGUGUGCGUCUGCAAGCAGUCUAAUUUGUGGAACAGUGGCAGUUUGUGCAUGGCGUAGUACUAUUCGGAAGUUUGCAUGGAUAUACAGUUUGUGUAUGGCGUACCCGUAAGAUCGGCCAGCUAUUGAACUUGGAUAUGCUCCUUUCAAUCCAAUGUGGAACAUUUGGUGACGCUGGUAGAAUUCUCUUUAUCGGCUGUGCCUUGUGAUAUGACAACGAGAAUUGGUCCAAUUGGAUGA